AUGCUUCAAAAUAGUAAAAACUUUCAAAAUGGUGCUUUUCAUUUUAAUUCGAGAGGUCGAAAUAAGAAUAAUCCAUUAGCCGUAGAUCCUUUCGAAUUACCUCCGCCUGACCUAUCAAAGCAUUUAUUAGAUCUUUAUUUUACUCACUUUUAUCCGUUAUUACCGUUGUUACACAAAAAAUCCUUUUUGGCCUCUUUAAAUUCGAAAGAUUCUCCUCCUCCUCCCUUGUUGUUAAAUGCCAUCUAUGCAGUAGCAUCUCGUAUUUCACCUGAUGUUAGGGUGAGAUCGGAUCCAGCAUUACGUGAUACGGCGGGUGAUAUCUUUUUAGAGCGAGCUCGAAUCUUAUUGGACUUUGAAUGGGAUGACUUUAAAGUCUCAACAGUUCAAUCUCUCUUAUUAUUGAGUAGUCAUCAAAAUGGUGCUUUAAAAAAUAUUCGUGGUUGGUUAUAUAGUGGUUUGGCUUUUCGAAUGUGUCAAAAUUUAGGUUUAAAUAGAAAUUGUGAUUCAUGGAAUUUAUCUGAUGCAGAAAAAGAAGAACGUAAAAGAGUAUUUUAUUGUAGUUUUGUUGUGGAUCGAUUAACAUGUGCUAUGCAUGGACGAGCACCGAUGAUUGAUGAACGAGAUUUAGAUGCACCUUAUCCCUCUGAAGUAGAUGAAGAUGAUAAGGAUAACAAACCUACCAUUAUGGAAGAUUUUCAUCAACUUAUUAAACUCUGUGAGAUUCUCGGUGAGAUUCUUGUUCAACUUUAUAUGGUAAAAGGUAGAAAACAGUUAGCCAUGAUGUCCUCACCUGAUGAUGUUAUUUCAAAACUUGACCGAGCACUUAACAAAUGGAUGGCCAAACUACCGCCUUAUCUUCAAUAUCGACCCCCUAACAGUCGUAUGGCCGAAAAGGCACCAGCCCCAAAACUUGAAAUUUGUCAAAUCCACAUGUUAUUCUAUACAGCACUCAUUUUAUUGCAUCGACCUUUCAUUCCUGGACCCACUCAAACCACCACGCCUUCCGUCUUUCCCUCGGCUUCCAUCUGUACCUUUGCUGCUAACAAAAUCCUUGACAUUGUUGAAUGUUUAAUGGCUGAGGGACGUCUAAAGAAUGUCAAUAAUUAUGCGCUUUAUUUUAUGUUUACAGCAGGUAUCAUUUUCAUCAAUGAUGCCCUUUCAUCUGAUUCCAUGUUUGCCUUCGAAGCCAAGAUUAGUAUUAAUAAGAUUAUUAGAGCCAUGGAUGAAGUUGAAAAGACAUGGAUUACAUCAGCUCGUCAUUGUAACAUUCUAGGAGAACUAGCAGGUCUUCGCGAUAUUAACCUGGAAAAUGUAGAUGAAGAAUAUAAUAAUCGAAAUACAGAGAAUGCAAAUAUGAUAAAUCGUGAAUCAUUAUCUAUUGCAGUACCUAAUUCACCUAUUCUAUCCGACCAACAGACAUUUGAAUUUAAUAAAAAUCCAAUUGAUGCACAACGAGGAACAGAGCAUCGAUUUCCUGAUUAUUUAUAUGUAAACAGGUCAACGACACAUGAUUUUUCAUCCUCUUCACAACAAUCUACACCUUAUACCACUCCACCUACAAUGACUAAUUAUAAUACAACUAAUAAUACAGCUAAUAAUACAACUAAUAAUACGACUAAUAAUACGACUAAUAAUACAACGACAGCGGGAGAUUUAAAUUUUGGACAAGAUAAUAGACCUUUCGAUGCAAUUAGAACAGCCUUUUGGGGUGUUCCAAUGUCCUUUGAUAUUGAUGAAUGGAAUAGUUAUUUCAGUAAUCAUAAUCAGCAGCAGCAGCAGCAGCAGCAGCAACAACAACAACAACAGCAACAGCAGCAGCAGCAGCAGCAACAACAACAACAACAACAACAACAGCCAACAAGGUCUCAACAACAGACUCCAAUGUGGUAA